AUGAUAGACGAGCAAGCAUUAUUAUUUUCCUAUGCCUGGUUAGCAAAGAAUUUCCAUUGUUCUUCAAACCGCCCAAUAAAAGGACAGAUCAGGAAAAGAUUAGAGCAUUAUUCACCGGGUUCUAUGACCGAUAUGCACCAGACUUUGUUGAUAUUAUUGACCGAUAUGCACCAGACUUUGUUAAUAUCAUCGUGUGUUCUUGUGAUUCUGAGGGGAGCCCAAAGCACAGAAGCGCCGGUUUGUGUCACAAAAGCAGAUAUUGUGUUUUUACUUGAUUCUUCGGGAUCUGUUGGUUCCACAAACUUUAAUAAGCAGCUAGAUUUUGUGAAAAAAUUCGCUAACACGUUUGACAUUGGACCUCAAAAUGUGCAGAUUGGUGUGGAGACUUUUGCCACGACUCCCCAUCAUCAAUUUUUCAUGAACAAAUAUCCAUCCAAAUCUACAUUAUUAAACGCCAUCGGUCAUGUGCCCUACCAAUCGGGUUCCACACAUACAGAUUUGGCUUUGAAAUAUGUUAUGGAUCACGACUUCAAACCGGCUGCUGGGGACAGAGACCACGUGGUCAAUAUCCUUGUUGUGAUGACCGAUGGUCAGUCCAAUGACCGUCAGGCCACCAUAACACAGGCCAACAAACUCCAUGGAAUGAACAUCAAAACUUUCGCCAUUGGUAUUGGCAGUGGAAUUAAUCGUGCUGAAUUAGGACACAUCACAACUGACGACAAGCACGUCUUUACUGUUUCCAAUUUUGAUGCCCUGAACACCCUGCAGGAAGAACUAAAGAAAAGAACGUGUGAAGUUGAUGGAAGUUUGAGCCAAUUCGGAUCCUGGUCUCCAUGCACCAAAAGCUGUAGGGGUGGCACUCGCUCCAGAUACCGUUCAUGCAACAAUCCACCACCAGGCUAUGGCGGCAAAAUGUGCGUCGGACAUGCGAUAGAGACGGGAACCUGUAACACUCAGGCCUGCCCCACAACUCCAUCCCCCACUAGAAUCCCUGUAGCAGCUGUCUGUGUCUACAAGGGAAGGCAGUACACCCAGGGUCAGAGAUGGCAGGAUGGUUGUGACUUCAACUGUGAAUGCACAAACGCCCAGACUGGAUACUAUAGAUGUACUGAGAUCUGUCCUAAAUACAAUGGACUUCCUAAGCAAUGCCAGCUUAUCACAGAUGUUAACAAACCCUGUUGUAAGAAGCCGUACUGUAACUUCCAGGGAGUGAAUAUCCAGGUCACUGGGACUCCAGCUCCCAACAUGGUAACCACGCUGGCCCCUAAUCCCCUUAAUCCCACUGAUCCUACAUUGUUCCCAACUCCGACUUCUCCAGAAUGUGAAACAACUCCAAAGGAUAUCGUAUUCUUGCUAGAUUCCUCAGGAUCUGUGGGACAGACGUCUUUUCAGAAAAUGUUGAACUUUACCAAGGCAGUCGUUUCAAACUUUGCUAUAGGCCCACGUAACACUCAGGUGGGAAUCGAGACUUUCAGUUCAAUCCUGCAUCACCAGUUUGCGAUGAAUGUAAACAAAAAUUUGCGAUCCUUACUCACAGCAAUCGACAAAAUACCAUAUCAGAGCGGAGGUACAUAUAUUGGGCUGGCUUUGGAGUACGCUACGAAACAUAGCUUCCAUGCUGGUGGAAGGCAAGGUGCUGAUAAAAUACUUAUUUUGAUUACUGACGGCCGAUCAACAUCCCCAAACGCCACAGCCGUACAAGUGAAACUACUCCAUCGAGCAAAUAUCAGCGUAUUUUGUGUAGGAGUGGGACAGUUUGUUGAUAAAACGGAACUUCAACAGAUAGCCAAUAAAGCAAGUCGCACUUUGUUCAUUCAAAAUUUCGACUUUAUUUCAAAGAUCAUAAGAAAACUCUACACAACUAUUUGCAAAGAUUUAAAUCAGACUACAGUGACUACUAUCAAAUCAACCACUGCGACCAAAAGAACGACAAGAUCGACCAACCCAACGACAAGAUCGACCAAACCAACGACGAGAUCGACCAAGCCAACGACGAGAUCGACCAAAACAACGAUGAGAUCGACCAAACCAACGACGAGAUGGACCAAACCAACGACGAGAUGGACCAAACCAACGACGAGAUCGACCAAGCCAACGACAAAGACAAGUCGUGCUGCUGUUCAAACAAGAAUAUCAACAAUUACAACGUCAACCACUUCAGAUACAGUUUCAAGUGGCAAAGAAGCUAUUGUUCACCUGCAAGACUUGGUCCAUGGAAUAGAAUACAUAGAAAUGGCUGUCCUGACUAUCGUUAGUGUUGUCACCCUUGGGUUCAUCACGUGCUGUUGUCGAUCUUGCUUUCUUUUUGCAAAGCGCAGAGAAGACGAGGAAGAGCAGCCAAAACGCAAACAACCUUGUAAACGUCCCAAAAGAUGGCCAUCCUACUAACCGAGUCCCAAAAGAUGGCCGUCCUACUAACCGAGUCCCAAAAGAUGGCCGUCCUACUAAGGGAAUAGCGAUACGGAGUUGCCGAAUUUCAUAUUGAAGAUGUGAUACAUUGAAUGAUCUAGACUCAAUCCCAUUCGCACUAUUUUUUGAUAACUUAUUUUUGAGGUUAGAGCUAGAUGUAUAUGACAUUGUAUUCCUAUAUUUUUGUUUCGGAAAUAAACAUGCAGAA